AUCCCAGGUUACUUUCCUUCUAUCUACUUUCAUUUGUGAUGCUAACAAUUGCAUUCCACCAAAGCCGUGACAUCUUCGCAAAGUUUCAAACACCCGAUCCCGACACCAAUGUUCCAACCAACAUUGAUCAUCCACGGCGGCGCCGGAGCAAUCCAGCGCUCAACCCUCCCUCCAGACCUCUACUCCCAAUACCACGCCUCCCUCCUCUCCUACCUCCGCUCGACCAAAGACCUCCUGGACAAAGGCACCCCCGCCCUCGACGCAGCCGUCCACGCCGUCUCCCUAAUGGAAGACGACGAGCUCUUCAACUGCGGCCGCGGCAGCGUAUUCACAAAGGCAGGGACAAUCGAGAUGGAAGCCUCAGUGAUGGUAACCAGCGUCUUGGAGGAGGAAGGAGGAGGAGGACCCUUCAAACGCGCUGCGGGAGUAAUGGGUCUGAAAAACGUCCGACACCCCGUCCGACUCGCUCGGGAAAGUCUCCUCCGUACCGGCCAUGACGCGAGUGGGACACCUACCGCGGAUGGAGGUAGCAUGCAUUCGCAGCUUGCGGCGCCCUAUGUGGAGAAGCUGGCCCGUGAAUGGGGAUUGGAGUUUAAACCUGAUGAGUGGUUUUUUACGCAGCGGCGUUGGGAUGAGCAUCGAAGGGGACUGGAUGGGAAGGAGGAGCCGGUGUCUAUGAGUCAGGGGACUGUUGGCUGCGUGUGUCUGGAUCGGUGGGGUGGUCUUGCUGUGGCGACGAGUACAGGGGGCAUGACGAACAAACUCCCCGGCCGUAUUGGGGAUACUCCAACUCUGGGGGCGGGGUUCUGGGCAGAGAGCUGGGAUGGGGAGGUUGGAGAGGAUGGACAAGAUGGGGGGAGCACGAAAGAAAUGGUGUACCGGGCUCCGUUGCCUCCAGCCCAGCGUGGUUGCGCAGAUUUAACGACAACGUACUCCCUGCGAAGCAUAUGGGACGAUGUGUUCGGGGAUCGGACAUCUCCGCCCUCUCGCGAAACAGUUCCGCAUGCGCCUUCUCCUCCCUGUUUCGUGUGUACCACAAACAUAUGCACCAUUACAUGUUCACCAACAGACCUUGAAGAGCAGCACGCUCUUAUUGAUCGCGUCCCCCGCAUCUCAUCUACCAGAAAACGAGCAAUGGCCCUCUCAGGGACCGGUAAUGGGGAUUCGUUCCUCCGCGUCGCUGCAGCCCGUACGGCGUGUGCCAUUGCUCGAUAUUCACCCCACGAGGUCUCAGCCGCAGCAGCUGUCACCGCUAUUGCGGGACCCGGAGGUGAGCUGCAGCGCUCUGCGGGCCCACGAUGGAAGAAGACUGGAGAGGGCGAGGGUGGGAUCAUUGGGAUCGAGGCUUGUAUGGAAAGUCGUGCAGAGCAUGGUCGCGUCUUGCGCGGUAAUGUGAUGUUUGAUUUCAAUUGCGGGGGCAUGUGGAGGGCUUGGAUUGAGACUGGGGAUGAUGGGUAUGAGGUUGAGAGAGUGAUGGUGUUUCGAGAGGAGUAUCGUUGAGGGUAACAUUCUGAAUGUUACUGGUUCUAGGGUUUUUCAUUAUUGAUACGGCAAGUC